AUGAAAGCAGCGCUCGGGAGGGGAGCACUGUGGAGCGGCCGUAGUUCUGCGUGUCCCUCUGGCUGUUUCGGUGCUUUCCAGAAUAUGACAGUUUUGGAAGUGUUUGUGAUUUUUAAUGCGUGUUAGGCGUGCUGUCUGUCGCCUUUGGGACGUGUCAGGGUCUGGGCGCUGGCCGUGCGGUAUGCGCGAUCCUCGCGUUUGGAAGCGCGCUGCACGUCAAGGCGGACCCGCUGGGCAAGCGGGGUCCCAGGUGGUUCGGGCGAGGUUUUGGAUACCAGCACCGUGGCUUUGAGCACCUUUGCUGUGCCGACACCUUCCCGGUGUCAUCCCGAGCUGCCCCAAAAUGGCAGGCUCGGAGGGGCCGAAGGUGGGUCGCUCUUGACGCCCGGCUGCAGGUCUCCUUCUGCCCAAGCAACCUCUGCGUGCUACUAAAAUACAGGAGGUUAAAUCCCGUCGCCCCGAAAAAUGGGCAGGUGCUCGCUCUUCCCCUGGGAAUUACUAGGAAAUGAUAAUAAUGGGGAUCGCGCGUGUGGCAGAGGGACCGAGCACUUAAAAAAUGGGGUUAGCGGUGGUUGAAGUGGACCGGGAAAGUCCCCGAGGUGGUUGUGCUGUGUCGAAUUACUUUUCAGCUUUCAGUGGAGGAAAAAUACCUUGAUACUCUUAAUUAUAUACUUCUGGACUCUUGUGGACGAAUGAGUGUUCCCACCUUGUUCGCAGCUGAGCAGAAAUGUAUGCUAAUAUCUUUAGAAAUUUGGUUUGAGUAGAUAACUUUGGACCCCGUAUGUCAGCCUCUCAGUUGAGAAACAGAGCCAAAUGUCUUCUGAAAAUGCAGUGACAGGGAACUCAAACUCUUACGCAGAGGGAGAUACUUCCCAGUUUCGUUUGCUGUCUGAAGCCUGUAUCUGACAGCAUAAUGGAGUCUUGCUUAAUGCUGUAAUUGGUUACAGGGGAGGGAGGGAGAGAGGCAACCAUUAAAUAAGUGGUCAUGUUUGGGGUGAGACGGUCUCUUAUCUUCAGUCCUUUCCAGCUACUGCCUGUAUCUUCCUUCUGCACCUUACGGUAUGGUGUGUUUUUACUGUCUUUUGAUUUUACGUUUUGCAUUUUUUCUGUCUUAAAGCAACAUUUUUUUUGCGAGGGCUUUGGGAAUUUACUUGGUGCAUUGUUUCACUCUGAAACAUCCAUGGAGGAAACGAUAAAGCUACAGUGGAACCACUUGGAAAAAAAAUGUUUUCAGUAGAUGGUAGAAGUUUCUUACUGAAGAAUUCUUUAAGAGAUUUGCAUCUUCCGUGUUUUUUUUCGUCAUGAGUUUUAUUUUCGGACCUUAGGACCGAGGUAACGAUUGUCUGCCGCGCUCGCAGCCGACAGAGCGUGAGCCUCCCUUUCCUUACCUCUUUCCUCCACUUCUUUUUUUUUUUGUGUACCGGACCCCAUCAAGACAGCCAGCCUCAACAUUUCAGCUAUCCUGUCCUAAGUCGGCUCCCAAGUCGCAGCUGCUUAUCUUGGGCAGAACGUUUUUUCUGUGCUAAAGGAGAUAAAAGGCUGCCCACGUGGGAAAACCACCUCAGGAAAGGAUUUCCCUUGGUUUGUUUCCCUUUGAGAAGAGAAGGACCCGGGAAUGCUGAUGAUUAAGAAAUACUAAAACUGACACUUGGUUCGUUUCGCCAUCCUGCCUUUCUGCCCCGCUGGACCUUGGUGACGCUCGCCAUCCUUUGACAUUUGGGAACGUUUUUCUUCUUAUGUGGAGCUGAGACCUGGGAAUGCGUUAUUAUGGCAGCAGUUGUACAGCAGAAUGAGCUCGUGUUUGAAUUCGCCAGCAACGUCAUGGAGGAUGAGCAGCAGCUUGGUGAUCCAUCCAUUUUCCCUGCUGUCAUCGUGGAACACGUCCCUAGCGCAGACCUCCUACACAACUACUCCGGCUUAACCUGCGUGGACGAACCCAGUGACAUGAUCACUGAGAGCUCUCUGGAUGUCGCAGAGGAGCAAAUCAUAGAAGACGAUGAUAUCACCCUCACAGUUGAAGCAUCUUGUCAUAAUGGGGAUGAAACAAUUGAAACAAUUGAGGCUGCCGAAGCACUUCUCAAUAUGGACUCCCCUGGUCCAAUGCUGGAUGAAAAAAGAAUAACAACUAUGUUUGGUGCAACUGAAGAUGAAGAUAUGGUAGCUCCUAUUACGCAUGUGUCAGUCACACUUGAUGGGAUCCCUGAGGUGGUGGAAGUUCACCAAGCCCCAGACCCUUACGCUGAGUCACCAGAGACUCCUGAAUUUGAACAACCAAAGAAGAAAAAAGGGAAGAAGCCAAAACCCUCUCGUCCUGAGUCCCCUACUACAACUCCGAACAUAUCUGUGAAAAAGAAAAACAAAGAUGGAAAGGGAAAUACAAUUUAUCUUUGGGAGUUUUUACUAGCACUGCUCCAGGACAAAGCUACAUGUCCUAAAUAUAUCAAAUGGACUCAAAGAGAGAAGGGCAUUUUCAAACUAGUCGAUUCCAAGGCUGUUUCCAGGUUGUGGGGAAAACACAAAAACAAACCUGACAUGAAUUAUGAAACAAUGGGUAGAGCUCUCAGAUAUUAUUACCAAAGAGGAAUACUGGCCAAAGUAGAAGGUCAGCGCCUAGUGUAUCAAUUUAAAGAAAUGCCAAAAGAUCUCGUCUAUAUAGAUGAUGAGGAUGCAAGCCCUAGCACUGAAUCAUCAGAUUCAACUUUGCUCUCAACUCCUGUGGCCAGUAGAAACCAGUCGAGCAGAUCUAGAGCGUCUGCGAACACUGGAACAAAGGGAGGAUCCACCACAGUUCUAAAAACAGGAAAUUCGAAGCCUGCUAAGCUUAAGGAGCACGUAGAAGUUGUACAGCAGCAGACACCUGGCUUGACUUCAGAAGUUCUGAGGACAAUGCAGUCUACGCAGCCAGUACAUCCCACUCAGCUUUUUCGGACAGUUCAUGUAAUGCAGCCAUUGCAGUCCAUCACAGAAGGACAAGCGGCUGUAACCAGCAAUGUUGCAGAUGAAACGUUAAAUCCGUCAGUUCAGAAUAUAAGGACUUUACAGACUCCAACCCAAGUUCCAGUGGUUGUUUCUCCUGGAAAUCAGCAGCUGCAUACUGUAACACUCCAGACGGUGCCUCUUACUACGGUGAUAGCCAGCACAGAUCCAGCCUCAUCAGCAACACCCCAAAAAUUUAUUUUACAAGCCAUUCCUACUUCACAGCCCAUGACAGUUCUUAAAGAAAAUGUCAUGCUACAGUCUCAGAAGCCAGUCUCGCCUUCUUCCUCAAUUGUGUUGAGCCCAGCACAAGUUCAGCAGGUUCUCACCAGCAGUGUGCAGACAAUUUGCAAUGGAACAGUCAACAUGGCUUCAUCUCCUUCCUUCACUGCCACUACCCCAGUGGUAACUUUUUCACCCAGCAGUUCGCAGGUGGUCGCUCAUCCAUCUGGCACAGUGAUCACCUCAGUUAUUAAAGCACCAGAAACGAAACAGAUCGGCGUACAAGGAGCGCUAAAAGAAGAAGACAGUGACAAAUUAGAUGAUACCGAGCAGUCGGAGCAGAGGUUUCAGCAGCAACCGUUUGUGAUGGUAGUAUCCAGUUCAAAUGGUUUCCCAUCUAACGUGCAAGUGAAGCAAGAAGAUGAGCCAUUGGAACCCAAUUCAUAUCAAUAAAUUUUUAAAAAAGACCCUGUGGAUGAUUAUUUUCAUAAAUGUGAUGGGACCUUUUCAGUUAUGUAUAUAUGAUUUGAUUCAGAAGCAAGAUGUUAUAAAGCUACUUAAUUUCUGCAGAUAAUUGUUAGAAUUCAUGCUUUAGAACGGAUUUUGAUUUUCUGUUAAUUGCUAAAUGUUAUCAUAUAAAUAAAAUUAUAUAUUACUCGUUUCAAAAUACAGGCAUGAAGGAACAUGCUUUUCUAUGAAGACUUUCUAAAAGUUUCAGACUUCUUUCUUACUGUACGUUUUCAGCCUGUUGCUGAUUUACAUUGCAGUAACAUUAUUAUAACCUUUUCUGUUUAAUCUAUACAUGUAUCACUUAACUUUUGAAGCAACAGUUACUUUUAAUGGGACAUUUUCAUUCCAUGUGUAUGAAUUUUUAUGAUCAAGUAUCUGUUUCAUAUCAGUGAAUUUACAUCAGUUUUAGGCUCUGAUAACCAGGUAUCCUCUUGCAUUUUUUUUGCAGCACAAGCUAUUGUGUGUGCAAAAUUGAAUAUACACUCCUAUUGAGAGUACAAAAAGCAUUUAUUCCAGUAAUGGACAAUGCCAUGUCUAUAUUUUAUACGAAAACAUCAGAUAUAUUUAAUUACAGAAGCUAACGGCAUCACUACAGGUGCAGAUGUUUCAUGCCAUUUUGUGACUAUGAAGCUUAACAAUCUUGCUUUCUACUUCAGAUUGUUUUGUAAGGGGGGAGGGAAAUGAAAUAUAUACGAUUUAUGCAGGUGUUCUGAGAUUAAUACUUCUAAGAGUUCUUUUUGAUUGUAAAUAAUGUACAUUCAAUGUCACAAGGAAGUUUUUUCAGCUAAUUUGUUUCCAUACAAAUUUUUGAUAGAUGCAAAUAAGAUCAUUAUGUUUAGAGGUCUAAUGUUAUAUGUAUUCAUAUUACAGAGUGAAUUUGUAUUUAAAGACAAAUUUUUAAAUGAUGGAGCCCUCUGAACCUUGGGUCCUUGCCUUUUGUAUUUUUAAUUGGUUUAUUAUGAAAAUAAAUCAAGCGGAAAAACA